AUGUUUCAUGUUAUGAUAAUGCACUACUUAGACUACUUAGAAAUAUUAAAAAUUUCUAUUUCAAAUAUUCAAGAUUCAUCCAGGGAAAAUCUGUUGAGAUCAUCUGUCUCAUUUUGUAUUCAGAUCAAGGCAAAUCUAAGUUUCCUGUUAUCAAGUGGAAAAAGAGAGAUCAAAGAAAAGUCUGCUGUGUGA